UUGGAAGAUGCUAUUAGUAAUAAUUUGUUUAAAUGCCUUGAGAAUAUAGAUGCUAUCAAAGAUAUUCCAAAAUAUGACUUGGCAAAAUUAAUUUACGAAUGCCAAGAGAAGAGCGAACAAGAAAUCAUGGAUACAUACAUAGAACUUAUUCCAUACUACGCCACUCGUACUGCCAUUGUUGUUCUCUCACUCUUCCAUGAAAUUUUCGAUUUGGUUGACUACUCAAGAUCUCAUGACCAAUUAGAGUUUAAGGUCGAUUUAUACAUGGAGAAAAAUUCUGUGUUAAACGGCAACGGAGCUCUCCUAUUCAAAGAACUCGGUUCUGAAAGGAACAUAUAUCUUGAAAAUCCAAAGGAACAUCCGUAUGAUUCCUGGCUUUACAUUAACGAUCUGACCAAACAGUUCGAUGAUAUUUCGAAAGUCAAACCUGAUUUCAAAUAUUCAAUUCAAGAUCUUCAGAAUUUUAAUCAGAUCUGCCUUGCAGAGAUUACAUCUAUCACAGCUAGUACACCCAUCUCUCCACUUUCACGACAGUUGGAUUUAUAUAAGAUUACUGGUCAACUACGUGAAGCUUUUGAAGAUAUAUAUAAUGGAGAAGAUAAGGCGAAUAUUCCGCAAGGAAAAGAACUCGAAUAUCUAAUAGAAAAAGAAAAUAAUCCAUUAUUAAUGAUAAGUAUCGAAUCUAUCUCUAAAAUCCCAAAUAAAAAAGUGAGAGAUGAAUACUUCCAAAAGGUUUAUGACUCUUUAUAG